AUGGCCUCCGGAAGCUGUGCAUGCCGCUACAUUCGCUACACUACAACUACCCCUCCCGCAGAUCCUGUGUACUGCCACUGUAUCGAGUGCCGUAAACAAUCCGGUGCUCCCUACCAGGUAUGGCUGGAUUUCCCAAAGGAUGCUAUCAAGUGGAACGUCGAACUUUCUGUCUGGAGAUCCAGCGAGACCGCAUCGCGCAGCUUCUGUCCUCGCUGUGGAUCAACUAUGACGAUGUCUUUGGAUAAAGAGCCAUCCACUACGGCUGUUGCUGCCGGGACAUUGGAUAUUGAGUCGGAACAUUUAGUGCGCGGGCCUGGAAUGCAUAUUUUCUAUAAAGAGAAAGCUGCUUGGUAUGUUGCGCCGGAUGACGGAUCGAGGAAAUUUGAUGGGUGGAGUGAGUAG